GAUAAAAGAUAUGUUUUGAUUAGAUCGAAGUUUCUAGAAGAUCACACCACUGCGUGCGUUAUACGAACUUCCACAUCAUUUCUUCUUUCGAGGAUCGUCGAGCUUUUUGAUCGGAGACUUUUAUUCUCUCAUCAUCAUCAUCGUCGUUUGAAUUCUCCGGCCAAGAGAUGCUUGCUUGACGAGGAACCUCCACCGAUCUUUUGCCUUUUUGAACAACAAGUAAGAGAAGGAUGUCGACUCCAGCGAGGAAGAGAUUGAUGAGGGAUUUCAAGAGGUUGCAGCAAGACCCACCUGCUGGAAUUAGUGGUGCUCCACAAGACAACAAUAUCAUGUUGUGGAAUGCUGUUAUAUUCGGGCCUGAUGAUACCCCUUGGGAUGGAGGUACUUUCAAACUCUCGCUGCAGUUUUCGGAAGAUUAUCCAAAUAAACCACCAACAGUUCGGUUUGUUUCACGGAUGUUCCAUCCAAAUAUUUAUGCUGAUGGGAGUAUAUGCUUGGACAUUCUCCAAAACCAAUGGAGUCCAAUAUACGAUGUCGCUGCUAUACUAACCUCCAUUCAGUCAUUGCUCUGUGAUCCUAAUCCGAAUUCUCCUGCAAAUUCGGAAGCGGCACGAAUGUUCAGUGAAAGCAAGCGCGAGUACAACAGAAGAGUCCGCGAGGUUGUCGAACAAAGCUGGACUGCCGACUAGUAAUUAUAUUUGCUGUAGCAUUUGUCUUCAGAUAACAUUAAACCUCGUCUCUUGUGUUUGAUUCCACCAACAUGUCGCUCCCACUCUCUUUCAUGUCUUUGUGUGUGUUUUCAACUCUGUGAUUUGUUUCUUUUGAUGUUUCUAUGUAUGUCCGUAACCACAUUCAUCUCAUAAUAUUAUCAUAUGUAUUUUCAA